AUCUCUUUAGUCCUUCCCAAAAUUUUCUCUCAUAAUCUAAAUAUUCUCUGUUUCUUUACCAAUUAAGAAGGAACAUACGGAACCAUUGAAUAUGCCUGCUGACAAUUCUUCAGUUUCUGGCCAAACCGUGUGUGUCACUGGCGCUGGUGGGUUCAUAGCUUCUUGGCUCGUCAAAGUUCUCUUAGAGAAAGGCUACACUGUCAAAGGAACCGUGAGAAACCCAGAUGAUCCGAAGAAUGGUCACUUGAAAGAGUUAGAAGGAGCGAGGGAGAGGCUAACUCUGCAUAAAGUUGAUCUCAUUGAUGUUGAGUCUAUCAAAGCUGUUGUUAAUGGUUGCCAUGGUGUCUUCCACACGGCCUCACCUGUCACUGAUAACCCUGAAGAAAUGUUGGAGCCAGCAGUGAAAGGAGCCAAGAAUGUGAUAAAAGCAGCUGCAGAAGCAAAAGUGAGACGCGUGGUGUUCACUUCAUCAAUUGGCACAGUGUAUAUGGACCCCAACAGGAGUACGGAUGCGGUGGUUGAUGAGUCAAGCUGGAGUGAUUUGGAGUACUGCAAGACCACCAAGAACUGGUAUUGCUAUGGGAAGACCGUGGCUGAACAAGAAGCAUGGAAUUUAGCAAAAGAGAAAGAGGUGGAUUUGGUUGUGGUGAACCCAGUUUUGGUUCUAGGACCAUUACUACAACCAACCGUUAAUGCUAGUACAAUUCACAUCCUCAAGUACCUUACUGGCUCUGCUAAGACUUAUGUAAAUGCAGCUCAGUCUUAUGUAGAUGUUAGGGAUGCAGCAUUAGCCCACAUUCUUGUUUACGAGACACCACCUGCUUCUGGUCGAUACAUAUGUUCUGAAAGUUCGUUGCACCGUGGUGAGCUAGUUGAAAUUCUAGCCAAGUACUUCCCCCAGUACCCUGUUCCUACCAAAUGUUCAGAUGAAAAGAACCCGAGAGUGAAACCUCAUGUGUUUUCAAAUAAAAAGCUGAAAGAUUUGGGAUUGGACUUCACCCCAGUGAAGCAGUGUCUAUAUGAGACCGUUAAGAGUCUACAGGAGAAAGGGCACCUUCCUGUCCGCAUGAAGGCACAAUUGUGAGCAGUGGGCUGAUGUGGCAUGCUGUAGGAGCUUUGGAUAUGACCAAAUCAGAUUGACAACAUCGUUCUUGGCUUUUUGAAUUAGUUAAAUAUGAACUCUAGUUUUAGUUUUGUGAAGGCUGAAGUUAGUUUCUAGUUUUCAAGUUUUCUGACUUUUGUAAGAAGGCACGUGCAAGAUUCAUUUCUUGGAGGGAUCCAAAAUUCAGAAAAGCUUUCAAUCUUCAAUAUGUAAUUCUGAUUAGCUUUUAGAAUUCUGAAUAGUGUAAUCGAAU